CACUGCGUUGCUGGGAUAACAGGUACCACCACCAUCACCACCUGUCACCAGUCUGUCGGGAAAACGGUUGUGCACAGGUAAACAUCGAACAAGUGGACGCAAAACAACCGCAAGUAGUUCGGUUGCGGGGACAAUGGACGGUUAAUCUGACACCCUGCUUUCGAUUUUUUUUUUGUACAACGGCGGAAGCGGAAAUUAAUACGUAAACCCCUUUGCGGUGCGCGUCGAUCGUACGGCCAUCCGGCGUCAUAAUUCACCGCUCGGCGUUUUAUUACUAUAUUUUCCGUUCUCUUAAACCACUCGGUUACCGAUAUUGUUCACGUCGCCAUCGUACGUGCCGCGAAACUAUCGACGUCCUUCCAAAGAUGGUAUGCGAGUCUUAGGGACCACGGGACUUCGCUGCACUUGCCGAACGGGGCAGUCUCGUCCGUUCAAACGGUGACGGGAACAUCGACCACGACGAUGAUCACGACGACGACCACUGACUCCACAAAGAGUAUUUUCAGCAAGACAAUGCAGCGACGCGACAUCCAUUGUAAACCGUAUUGAUUGUUUCGUUUCAACAGCGAUGUCAUGGAAUUUUGCAAAUAUCUGUUGCUCACCGUUUUCCUCUUUCAAAUGGUAUCAGUUGGAGCAAGACAAGUAUUUGACUUCCUCGGUUUCAUGUGGGGUUCAGUUUUAGCAAAUUUUUUUGAACUUUUAUUUAUUAUAUUUGGGAUUUUUGGUGUUAUACAGUCUGAUGUAUUAUAUUUAUUAUCGUAUUCUGCAUGGAGUGUUAUUUGGUGUAUUUGGAAUAUAUUUGUAGUCUUAUAUUAUUUGAAUUUGUCAAUUUUUAGCAAUAACUUUGAUGUGAUGAGCCUUGGUGCAGACAGUGUAAGUUGGUGGGAAUCUAAUGGUCCUGGUUGCCAAAUAUUCUUUUAUCCUAAUCAUACCGGUAUUGAAGAAGAUGCUAUCAAACCAAUCAGACCAGAUUUAAUUACUGGAUGUGUCAUUGAUUAUCAAAAAGUAGAAACUGCUCAAGCUUCUUUACAAAUACUUUUAGCAAUUUUUGGUAUUCUUUGCAGCUUGUAUGUAUCAUGUUGUUCAAAAUCUAGGGAUGAAGGAAUUUAUUACAAAAGUAAGCAACCAAAAACUAUUACACCAAUAUAUUCAAUUGAGUAUAGUUCACGUCGUGGGGAUGAAAUUGAAGAAAUUAGUACCAUCAGUGGUAGUGAAGACGGUGACUUAGAUGCUCAAAGUUCUCAUAGUAAACCUAUGACACCAAGACGUGUGAAACGAAGAAGUGUUACAUCUAGAGGUACUUUACCUCCUCCUCACCAAGCUCCACCGCCAUAUCUUAGACGACAAUCCAGCUCUCACAAUUCCAGUCGAAGACAUAAAAAUCCUGUUUCUAGACUUAUUCAACAACAAUAUUCAAAUAAUGGAUUAAAUGAUUCAUCAACAUCAAAUGAUUCGAGCCAUCCAUUAUUCCCAGAAUGUCGAGUAGAAUUAAGACAUGUUAAUAGAGGAAUUAUAAAUCCUGCUUUGGAUACAGAAUCUGAAAGACCUACAUCAGCACGUUCAACGUACUCUAAUUUUCAUGGAGCACGUGGGCGGCCCAGACAAGUGAGCACUCAUUCUACUUUUUUUGCUCCAUCUGAACAACCACCACCUGCCUAUCGCAGUAAUGCUUCUGUUAAUUCUGAAACUGUUAUAUAAUUAGUUACAAAUGUAAACAUUGUUGUUCAAAGUAGAUGAAAUCUUAAGAUCUCAUUUUUAUUUUAAAUAAUUUUAACAU